CAUAUUUCAUAAUGUCUUCAAAAUGGCUUCUGAAAACCAAAACCAUCUUCGCAGUAAGUCAAAUGUCUUCAAAAUGAAGACAUGUCUUCAAUUCUGGCAUCUCUGGCUCCAAACAAACAUUUUCAAACAUUCGAAAAAGGUGCUUUUAUAUGUUCAUUUCACCCUGUUUUCUGUGCUAAAGGUAAGCAUUUUUUUCAGCCGAAGAUUAUUCCUUUCUCGUACAACAUCGAGUCUCACUCGUGGGUACUUGCAUAACAUAUGGCGCUAAAAAGCUCUGCAGAGUAGUGAAAUCAAAUCAAAUCAGUAGUGAAGGGGUUUAAUACUUUCUGCCAACGCUACUUCAAGUGAAGAUGUUGUACACCAGGGUUUUUAUGCGGUUUCCUUACCGCUGUUUUUUAUGAGGUUUUCUACGUGGAUUUCCGAAUUAACGCCGUUUUUACGCGGAUACCUAGAAAACUACCAAUUUACUCAGGAGAUUCCCAGGACUGGCCCAUUGUCUACAGCGCUACAGCGAUGUUGAACACCCAGCUUUUUUAUGCGGUUUCCUUACCGCUGUUUUUUAUGAGGUUUUCUACGUGGAUUUUCGAAUUAAUGCCGUUUUUACGCGGAUACCUAGUGAACUAUCAGUUUACUCAGGAGAUUCCCAGGACUGGCCCAUUGUCUACAGCACGUUUCUCUCAAGCAUGCGGAUACAGUGAUGCCGAGAAUUUGGCACGACUGUAGCGGUGUUUGCGAGGGUACGCUUUGGACUCAGUGAGGAGUCUAUACUCCCAAUACGAGUACUCCCAAUUCCGGAAACGGUUGCCCAUAUACAGUGAUUCCAUGCCAAACCUAUCGGUUCGGUGGUUCUCAGAUUUUUGUGAAAAUUAGUAGUACUGUUCUAUAUCACAUAAUAUUAGACCCGUAUUUUUUAUUUUGACGUAGGACUACGUUUAUGAUUUUUGUGUAGGGUGCUCACUCUAAAAAAAAAGUAACGAAAAGUGCAUAUUACGCAGAAUCAUCUCACGAUAUGACGGCGCCAGUGGUUGUAUGGUUAGCGUAACAGCCUCACAAUCCGAUCGGCCUGGGUUCAAUCCCAGCUGGCGUCGUUGGGAUUUUCUGAGGCGAAAAAUCUCUGGUUACGUCUUCCUUCGGAGCGGAAGUAAAAGAAGUUGGCCCGGCUCAUGAGUUGUUGAGUCUGAUAGGUAGGAACAGGUGGAGUCGCCUCCCUGAUGUCGGUGAUUGGCACUAAAGUGGCGGAAAUAGGCCGACGAAAAAUAAGCGAAGAUAAAAAAAAAAAAAAAAAAUCUCACGAUAUGUAUUAUAAAAUAUACCAUUAGACGCCAAAUUUAUCCAGCAAUUUUUUCGCUUGAUACAUUAACAUUGGAAGUAGCAAAACAAUUGAGCAAUUCAACCAAUAAAAACAGGUAUGUUUUGCGAGCGAAUGCAAAGGCAAUUGUAUAUAUCAUUAGGCUGACCAAAUUUACCGAGCAUUUUUGGUUGUCCCGUCAUUUUACCAAUCUGUACCAUAUUUUGAGUAUAAAAAAUUACUAUCAAUAUUUUUUUCAAGAGGGUCUCCGUAGCCAUAUUGGUUGCGAGUUCGCUUAGUAAGUGAUCGAUCGUGAGCUCAAAACUCAGGGCCCUCAUUGACCAUCUUUGUGUUGUUACAGAAUAACUACGUCCACGCAACAAUCAUCAGCGAUGGAGAUCGAUCCACGGUCGAAUUAUUUAUUUUAUUUUAUUUAACCAGAAUACAUGACAUAAGACAUUCGUCUUUUAAAGUGUCACUAACGCAGCAAAAUUGUUCACACAAUGACUAGCAACCAUUACUACAUAUUAUUCAACUUAAAUCUAAUCUAUUGAUUGAAAAAUGAUAAGCAGCCAUUUUUGAACAUUACUUCAUGUUUAAUACGUCUCAAAUUGGAAGGUAAACUAUUCCAGUUCACCACACUCCUCACUAUAAAUGAAUUGCCGUACAUAGCUGUACUAUGGAUAGGUACCACAAGGUUGCAGGUCCGCUGACUUCGAGAUAGAUGUAGUUUGGAGAACAAGUAGGAAGGUCUCUGGCGAUUCAAUAUCCUGAAUAGAAACAAAGAAGCACGCAUGUUGUAGAAGUUACGGAAGGGGCAACCAAUUAGGUCUUUUUGCAAAUGGCGCACUGUAGCCAUACGAUUUAAACUGAACACGUAUCUCACACAAUCGUUCAAUGCCACUUCUAGCUUUGAUCUCAUCGCAGAACUCAUGUUAAAGUGUAUUACAUCUCCAUAUAUAAAAUGCGGCAGUAUUAACGUUUUAAACAGCUUCAUUUUGAUGUUUUGCGGAAAAUCAGCAGUCGUUGUUCUCAGACUACGAAGGCAAGAAUAAAUUUUGCCACACUGCAACGAAACAGUUUUUUCCCAUCCAAGGUUGCUCUGGAAGAUGACACCAAGAUUAUUUGCAUGAUUACUGAAGUCCAAGUCAGUUCCCUCAAUAUUCACUCUUGGUAAGCCGUCGAGGAAACGAAUAUUUCCGAACAUCAAAGCUUUCGUCUUCGUAGGAUUUACUUGAAGUGUGUUCUCUCUUGUCCAAUGAAUUACUCGUUCUAGAUCACGGUUAGUACAGAGUAUUAAUUGCUCAGCUGACAUGCUAGGCUGUAUACAGAAUAAUUGAACGUCAUCGGCAAACAUUUGCACACGGCAAUAUCUGAGCACAUUGGAGAGGUCAUCAAUGUAGAUCGAGAACAAUAAGGGUCCAAGUACAGACCCCUGUGGCACGCCAGAGGUGACCCGCAGGCUAUGUGAAUGAGCAUCUCCACAAUAGACAGUUUGAGAUCUAUCUGUAAGGUAUGAUUGUAUCAGCGAAAUAGCAUUCUGGUGAAAACAAAAUUUAGUGCGAGGCUUCAUACAUAAACGUCGAUGAGAGAUGGUAUCGAAUGCUUUCGAGAAAUCAAGAAGAACUAGGACAGCAUUCUGCUUCUUGUCUACUGCAAUUGCAAUGUCAUAAUAGACUCUUACCAGAGCUGUUUUCACACCUUGAUGUCUUCUGAAACCCGCUUGCUGCUCUGAAAGUAAGUUGUGUCGAUCCAAGUAUGAAGUGAUCUGUUCUUUAAUAAGCUUUUCAAGUGCUUCUGAUAAACCACAGAGUAGGCUUAUUGGUCUCAGAUUAUCAAUGGAACGUAAAUUUUUCUUUUUCUGCAAGGGAAUCUUUUUGCAUUUUUCCACUGUGUAGGAAACGAUGACGUUUCAAUGACUCUGUUGAACAAGUAGGUGAUUUGAUUGAUUACGAGUGGCGUGAUAAUUUUCAAAAAUUUAGUUGAGAUGCCGUCAGACCCAGACGAAUUUGAUUUGAUUUCGAAAAUAGCAUUAACAACUUCAUAAUCAUGCACUUUCUGAAACGAAAAACCUUCUCCAGCGUCGAAGGUCGUCCAAGGUUGCACAUCGGUGCCAUCAUCUCUGGUGAAAUGACUAGCAAAAACAUUAUUAACUUCAUCCGGAUCAUACGCGCAAGGCUCCUGUGAUUUAUUCUUUCCUCCGAUGCCUAAGCCUCUUAGCUUCCUCCAAAUAUCUCCCGACGAAGUAGAUGAUCUAAAGUACUGGUUCAGCCUAUCCUGUUUUGCUCGCCGAAUGAGUGUCGUGACUCUGUUCCUCAGCCUCUUGAACACAUUUCUUUUCGCAUCUUUAUGUUGAGACUGCGAGACCUUCCAGUCUCUAUACGCCAGAUCUCUCUCUACAAUUCCUCUGCGAAUAAUAUCAUUGAACCAUGCAUUAUAUCGUGUACGUUGUCUGGCAGUCCGAACAGGAAUACAAUAGUCAUGAACUUCCGUGAUAUUCGUGAUGAAAAACUGAGUAGUACUAUCGAUAUCAGAAGAGUUGAAAAAGUUCUCCCAUGGAAUUUGGUCCACCGUUUCACGCAAAAUCAUUGGAUCGAAACUCGUGUAAUCUCUAUAUGUCUUCAAGACAGACAGUGGGCGCGUAUCGAUGUCAAUGGAGCAAAAUAUCAAGUCAUGCUUAGAAACACCGGGAACAGACACUUGAUUUAGAACUAGUACAUUAUCAAGAUCAUUCGUGAUGAUAUAGUCGAUCAGCGACGAUCCAUCACGAUGGAAGUGUGUAGGUUCAGUGUUUACCAUAGAAAGAUUAAAAGAUUGCAACAUGUUGUCUAGUCUAUCUCGUUUCAAACUAGGGCGAAGCCAAUCAACACUCAGAUCACCAGUUAACACAACGGUGCCACAAUCUAAAGUAAGAUUUACCAACUCAUCUCGUAGAAAAGGAAAUAGUUCACUCUCAGGAGGAUUAUAUAUUGUAACGACUAGUAUUUUUGUAUCUAACAAUUCACACUCUAUGGCAAUGCACUCUGCCAUACUAUCACUCUGUUCAGAGAUAACGGGAGCAUACACAACCCUAUGCUGGAUUCCUUCUCGAAUAUACAUAACGACACCACCGCCUCUUUUAUACACACGGUCAUUACGAGCCAGGCGAUAACCAGGUAUUUGAAUCAUGCUGUCGGUUAUUGCAUCAUGUAGCCAAGAUUCAGUAAAACAUGCCACCGAAACCUUAGAAUCAAUCAGCAUUUGCUUUAUCUCUUCAAACUUGCUUAAAUUACGAGCUCACAAACUUUGAACAUUGGCGUGGCAAACAUUGAAUUUAAAUUCCUUUAACAUAAGAUUCAUGACGAUUUUUGGAAUAGAGUAUUGAGGAUGUGUGGUGCAUCUCGCCGAAUGGAACAUCAGCUAACAAAGGCGAAGCAAUGAUCAUUUUUAGGCUGCUUUAGGAUAAUUUUGACACUAAACUCACUCCAUCUCUUCUUACAAUUUAUUCGUCUAAUACAGUUAUCAACAAAUAACAGUGUGGAAAACUUGACAAAAAUACAAAUCUAUUCUAAUUGCUCAAUGGAUGUUAUUGGUUCCAGUGGUCCGUUUGCGUUCUUUCUUACAUGGACGAUGCCCUGUUUUGUGGUGACUGAUUGCAGUUUCUUCUCUUUACGCUACUUAAAAUAAACGGGUACGGGAUUACUUUUUAAAAAAUGAUGUAUUCCAUUUGACGGUCAAACUAAGACUAACUUUAUUCUUCUCUUAAUGCUAACAUGAUCGUUUAUCAGCUAAACCCUAAAUAUGUCAACCCAGCACCAUGCGGGCGGGCCUUGGAUGUUGUUUAUUUUAUGAUCACGCUUCCAAUUCCUUCGCUAGCGGAUCCGAUGUUUUGUUUAUCAGCCAAGCAGCAUAAUAUUCGCCUGGUCUGCAAAUUCCAUGCGAUGCUCGAUCGUUAACUCGCUGUUUUAAGGCUGCUUGCUUGAUGGCCCUUGCACUGGAUGUAAGAUUUUCAUUGAUAUAGAUGCGACGAUCCAGAUUAAAUACCAGGUGCCUUAGACUCAAGUUGCAUUUAGACAAAUACUUUGCGUAGAAUUCGUCUCGUAUACUGGCUAUUGAAAACUGCAGCAGCGUAAAACAUUGAUCUCCGUCGGAUAAUCUUCCGGAACGCAACCGCUUGCACUGAAUGUGUAAUGUUUUAUUUUCGUCGAAACCAAUUGCUCGAACUAUACUAAGUAGGUAAUGAUGAAGGUCCUCAUUCAAGACGUACGGUAUGCCUACAGCUAUCAACUCGUUCCUAAGCUCGAUACGGCGGAUGGUCUCAGUAACCGAAUCAAGACGAUCGCCCACUAUGGUGAGAUUGGAUCGGAAUGAUUGAAAUUCAACAUUGUUGCUUCCUUCCAGUUUGAUGACGUCGCUUUUAAUAGUGUCGAUUUGUUGUUUUAAAACCAAAUGAAUCUCGUUCAGCUUUGAUGUGAGGUCGGUUUUUAUUGAGUCAAUCUUUUUGUUGGUUUCGUCAAAGCGUUUAGUCAAUAUUUGUAGUGCACUUUCCAACGUAGGUCCCGGCAAAUCCAAAUGGUCAAUGUCCUUCUUAGAGACUACAUUUGCCGAACCGCUCCUCAGCCGUUUCUUCUCGUCGCCAGACAUUUAGUUGUUACACAAUAUAUUGUUUCAAGAACAAUGGACGAUGGACAGCACAGCUUCAGACUUGUAAUCAAGAGUGAUUUUCUCCAGGGAUUAGUUACAGAAACUUGUAAAAGUACUAUGUAGAUAUCCGGGAUGCAUAAUCUGCCGUUAGAACAAAGAUUUGCAACAAGAAAAACAGCACACUAAUUAUUUGUUACAAAGGGAGCUACAAUUAACUUUGCCUAGUCUUGGACAUGGUUGCCAAACUGACGUUAAGAUCGAUUCAUCCAUACAACUGCUCUGCUCUGCAAGACACAUCGGGUUACUGUUCUAUAAAUAACUCAACAAUGAUCAAUCAACUGUCUCCGCUGUCCGGACUAACUGGAAAACUCAUACGCCUAAAUGGCUACUGUGUAAAUGUAUACCAUAUGCAAUGGUAUAGAAGGGAAUACUCUAACGCCGAAAAAUGGCAACUGUGUAAUGUGCUAAUUAUAAAUAUGAUAAAUAUGUGACAUGUACACGAUUAAGAUUCGGCUCUGUUACAGCUAAAAUGCCUAAAAUAAACAAAAGAGAUAAAAAAUAUUUUUCUUCCGAAUAAACUGAUUGGAAUUUGAAUUCUAACUUUGCUCAGAGUGUUCGCAGGGAAAGAGUUUGUCUGCUAAUUGUGUGUUAAGAAGGUAGUACGCUAUGGAAACUAGCCUAAAAAUGAAAGCUGGCCUAAAAUGUUCUCUGGGAUGUCUACUUUACUGUAGUUUUCGUCCCAGGUUUGUCCGAUGCUCCGUUCCAAAGUUACAAACCAAUUAGUGGAUCUAAGUAUUUGCGUAAGGAGCGCGGAUCCAAAAAUUGAAAACGCUUUUUUCUCGAAACUAAGUUUUGCAAACUGGUUUGUCGUUCAUGUGCUUACACGAUGCUACCGAAUGACCAUACGUAACAUAUCACAAGCAGAAGAACAACCGUUUUACGAACAGUCCUUCUACGGGACAAAUAUCGAAAUUCACACGUAGGACUAUUCGAAAGACUGUUUUGUUUCAUUUUCAUUUGUUAGAAUUUUUCAAAUGGUGAUGUGACUUUUCCGCCAAGUAAUCUACCCGAAAAAUGAAUUAGUUGGCUCAAAAAAAUAAAUAAAUUAAUAACUUUUUAUUAAAAUGUUGACGGUUUUGAAAAGAACCUAUGAUGUCUUCAUUGGAAUUGGUGUUUCUUCUAUUAGAUUAAAUUUUUGUUAAAUUUUUAGUUUGUUUUCACUCCUACACAUUUUUUCAAUUCGCUCUCACUUCCUUUUGACUUCUUCCCAUUAGUUUUAUUGAGACUUCGUACUUGAACAAUCAUUCGUUGGAGAUAUUUGGUUUUGGCGAUGGUAAUGAUGCAGUAAAUCUAGUGUUGCGAUCUAGUGUUGAUUACGGACUCAUUGAUUGGACAGUGCAAACUAUCUGAAGCCAUCGAGCCGCUUACCCUCAAUGACUCUAGUCAUCCAGCCCUUUCAGUAGAGAUUGAAGUGCUAAUUCCUCCUAUAUUUGAAGAACUGCACUCAAACACCGUCGAACUAAACUACCGUAGAGCUAACUAUGUAGCGUUGAAUGAAGUUUUCCAUCAAACAGAUUGGACGUUUCUUGAACAAUCAGCGAAUGUGGACGAUGCCGUCAGUCAGUUCUCACAGUCGGUAAACGAAGCGUUGGCGGAACAUGUUCCUGUUCGAAGACCUACUCCCAAACCGCCAUGGGGGAAUGCUCAUCUACGACACCUAAAACGUAUCAGAUCAAGAACUCUUCGUUGGUAUAGAAAAACCCGGUGUCCUUUUCGUAAGCAGGCAUUCGUUUGCGCCAGCAACAGCUAUCGCCUUUACAAUCGGUAUCUGUACAAACGAUAUUCUCUCCGCACUCAAGACAACCUUCGAAGAAAUCCUAAGCAGUUCUGGAAUUUCGUGAACUCUAAACGCAAAGAAAACGGACUCUCUGCUGAAAUGUUCCUAGAUCAUGAUGUCGCUUCCUCCUCUUCUGAAAAAUGCAGGCUUUUUGCCACCCACUUCAAGAGUGUAUUUAACAGUUUUAUCGCCUCCGCUGAACAAGCCGCAGCUGCAUGUAGAAACACCACUAUCAACGCAUUUGAAUUGAGAAAUGUUGUUAUCAACCAACAAAAGGUUGAACGCGCCAUCUCUAAAAUGAAAUUCUCAUCAACUAGUCCGGAUGGGAUUCCGGCCUGCGUUUUAAAACAUUGCUUGAGCUCACUGAUUCGUCCUUUAACGCUACUCUUCAAUAUGUCCCUUCGUGAAGGUAUAUUUCCUUCCAAUUGGAAAUUGUCGGUUAUGUUCCCUGUUUAUAAAAAAGGAAAUAAGCAAAACAUUGAAAACUAUCGAGGUAUUACAUCGUUAUGUGCAUGCUCCAAAGUAUUUGAGAUUAUCGUCAAUGAAGUAUUGUUUGUAAGUUGUAAAAAUUACAUAACAGCUGAUCAACACGGCUUUUACCCCAAGCGAUCUGUCUCGACAAAUCUAGUGCAGUUUACAUCAUUCUGCUUGCGCAAUCUAGAUGCCGGAUCACAAGUUGACGUGAUAUACACUGAUCUCAAAGCAGCUUUCGAUAGAGUCGAUCAUAAGAUACUGCUUAUAAAACUGGACAAGCUAGGAGUUUCGAAUGACCUCAUUAGAUGGUUUAAAUCAUAUCUCACGGAUCGAAGACUAUGGUGCCUAUUCUGUAUUCCGACGGAUUUCUAUUUCGUUCGAAAGUGAUAUUUCGAUCGUUUUCGAAUUUACCAUUCCCUAUUCCAAUCGUUUUGCUCGUUUCGAACGAAAGUGUUAGAAAAUUUCGAAUAUGCAUCGAUCUGUCAAAAACCGAUAAACAAAAAGAAACACCGUAUUAAAUAGCGGCGAGUGCGAGUUGAAUUUCAGUUAAUUUUUGAUCCUAAGAGAAAUUUGUGAGAAAAUUUUCUCGUUCAAUGGAUUCCGUUUUGUUACCGAUUUUGGCGGAGCAAGAAGAAAUUGGAAUGCCUUGCUACCAUCGGCGAAACCACCGAAAAUCAACCGACUUCAUGAAACUUUCUGAUGAAGCAUUCAUCAAAAGUUUUCGUCUAAGUAAGGAAGCUUUUCGGUACGUUUUAGAGGAAAUUGAGAACUGCCUUACCACAAGGAAAGGUGGUCUAUCCACGGAGGUGAAACUCGCAGCAUGUUUGCGAUUCUUUGCUGAAGGAAAUUAUCAACAUGGAGCAGGGCAAGAUUAUCACAUUGCCAUAGCACAGCCCACAUUUUCCAAGGUGCUGACUGAAAUGCUUAACAUUCUGGAGCGGACACUGUGUAAGAAAUGGAUUUCCCUAAAUAUGACGGAAGACGAACAGCGGCGUGCUAAACUACACUUCUAUCAGAAAACAUCAAUUCCGGGUGUUAUUAUGUGUUUGGAUGGAACCCACGUAAAAAUUAUUCCACCUAAGCUGAAUCGAAAUUUGUUUUUUAAUCGGAAGGGAUUUUAUAGUCUCAACGUUCUGAUUGUUUGUGACGAUCAGCAAAGGAUUCGUUUCGUUGAUCCUACCUUCCAGGGAUCUAAUCAUGACUCUCAUAUAUGGCGUGUAAGCCCUGCAAGAACUCACUUUGAGCAGCUUCACCAAAAUGGUGAAGUUAAUACUAAGAUUCUAGGUGAUGCUGGUUAUCCAUCGGAACCUUGGUUAGUAACGCCAUUCAGAGCAGCGGAGGAAGGGAGUUUGGAGAGCGAUUUUAAUCGCAGGCAUGCCUUGGGUCGUGCUAUCGUCGAGCGGACAAUCGGUUUACUAAAAAAUCGGUUUAGAUGCAUCCUUGGCGCGAGACAACUUCACUACAAUCCUACUAAAUGCGCUCAAAUUAUAAAUGUAUGCUGUGCACUUCACAAUAUAUGCUUAGAAUUUGGUCGUUCUCAGUAGUUAUAAUAUGUUAUGCAGCUGUUUACAUAAUAAACUUUUGUUUAAAUUAAUAUUUAUGACUGUUAAAUUUCAUCUAACUUGUUUGCAAAUGCUCAAAUAAAUAACAACCACCGGAAAAGGAAGUGUCUUCCUUACUUAACUAUGGUUUCGGCAGAAUUAUUUACUCUUAUUCCUGCCAACACUUUGAGAACAUGUCAUUAUCGAUUUCUCGUAAGCAGGCCAAGUAUUCAAAUAACCAUUAUUAAUACUUUUUGCGUUGUUUUAACCCCUUGCUGUACGAUUUAAUUUCCAACAGCACGGCCCAAAACGAGCACUUCGAGUCGUUCCGCUACUCUGCUGAGUGUGGGUAUCUAACAUGGGUGCCCUAUGAUGAGCAAAUACAUGUUGUGUUUAAAAUAAAAACGAAGGAGUUAUAACUACGUACUAACUCGUUCGUUUUUAUUUUAAUUAUAAUAUUCAAAUUAUAUUUUAUAUUUUUAGCUCAUUCAAUUUUUUUUUAAAUAACGGAAAUUUUAUAAUCUUCAGUUGUCGGUAUCCUCAUCAUAUGUCUGAAGCUAUGUAAUUAUUUCACAUCGAGAAACAACGAGUGAAGUUCAAUGUUGUACGUGAAGGGGUUAAGGAAGUUCCAUAAACUAUAGGCGAAAUUCGUGAAUUUUAAAAAAGUUUAUAUAAUUUUGAUGCUAUUCCAAACAAACUUCAAAGAAAAAAUUAAGUAAGAUUUUUCUUCCAUGGAAAGAUAUAAAAAUACGAUUAGAACUUUUUUUCAUUUUUUUAUACUUGAGUUACAAUAUAAAGAUAAAAAAUCAGAUCACUGAUAUUUUGAAACAUUAUUCUAAUGUUCUGAAAUAUACGCAAUCUGCGUUUCAAGGAUUUGUCGCUAUUGAUUUCUCCAGCGCGAUCUUCUCCAUCUCGUGGUUAUGUCGUUUUUGUUCACUCAGAUGUUCUUUGAGUGUGGCAUCCACGGAAAGAAUCGCUCGAGCUGAUUGGCGCUGAUAAUGAACCAGAUCACUCAAAUUCUUGUUUGUGUUUUUUAACAGGGAUUUCACAUUGGUGUGAAAUUUGUUUUGUUGCUCGACUUGCAGCUCUAAUAGCCUCGUGGUAGAAGGUCUGGAUUUUUUCGGCUGAGAGGGCUGGAAGUGAAUGGUAUUAUUGAUACCGUCACACUCGUCGGAAGUACCAUAAUAUAUAAAAUUUUCCUGGUCUGCAGCUUGAGGUUCACCCGAAGGCGAACCCAACUGUGUUCCAUGAGAUGAGGUACCCGGGAUUCCUUCCACGGUCGCAAGUAACCCAGUUAGUAGAACUGCCUGCUCCUCCAGCUCGGACAAAUUGAUAAUUUUAUUGGGUCCUCCACCUGUCGCCCUCUGCUCCCGUUUGUUGUGAGCGAGUUUUCGCUUUAAUCCGGACUUAUAGUCCGCCCAAACCUACACAGAAAACCAGGGCAAAAAUAAGACUAUAAACAUAUGUUUCGGAUUCGUUUUAGUAUAUACCUUUUUCCAUCCACUUCCAUCGCGAAUAGGCGGUCCCAAACUAUUGACUUCUGCCGCCAGAUCAUCCCAGUAGGGUCCGGAAUUUCCUCGGGAGAAACCCUUUGCUAUGUCCGGCUCUUGCUCCAGAAGCAGCACAAUCCGCUCGAACUGAUUUUUAGUGGUUGUUUUGUUUUUGUUUUUUUCCCUGUUGAACGUUAAAAUUAAUUUAAAGAAAAAAAUGAUUAAAAAUUAGCUUACAUUUUUGCAGUUCACCGCUCAUCCGCUGCGGAAAUUAUUCACUCCUUCAUAAACAAAGUGGGUUUGACGUUUGGUUUGAUUCGAAUGAAAGAUGUUCGAAAACAAAACAGUCCGAACGAAAGGUAUUCGAAUUUGAAAACACCUCGAACGAAACAGGGAAUGGAAUUUACCAAGUCGUUCGAAAUAUUUCGAAUCGAUUGAAAUACAGAAUAGACACCUAUGUGUGCGAAUUGGAUCUGAGUCAUCUGAAUUUUUCACCAACAUAUCAGGUGUCCCGCAGGGGAGCAAUCUAGGACCUCUUCUAUUUUCUAUUUUCAUCAACGAGUUAUCAAAACUACUGCCACCGGGAUGUCGCCUUUUCUACGCGGAUGAUGUCAAGAUAUACACAGCCAUAAAUCACAUCCAAGAUUGCUACACUCUACAACAAUGGAUCAAUGAAUUCGAAGAGUGGUGCACAAAUAAUUUAUUGACGAUCAGUAUCCAUAAAUGCAACGCAAUAUCGUUUCAUCGAAAAUUGAACCCAAUCAUCCACAAUUACAAUAUUUCUAACGAGCCUCUAGUGCGUGUUGAUCAAAUACGCGACUUGGGAAUCAUCCUUGACACAGGGUUGACUUUUCGUCCCCAUUAUGACAGCAUAAUUGCAAAGGCUAACCGACAACUAGGAUUUAUAUUAAAAGUAUCCAACGAAUUCCGUGAUCCACAAUGUCUUCGGUCACUUUACUGUGUACUGGUGCGCUCCAUUCUGGAAUCAAAUGCAAUCGUGUGGUGCCCGUAUCAGUUAAACUGGAUAAGUAGAUUCGAAUCAAUACAAAAAAAAAUCAUUAGAUACGCGCUCCGUAGUCUUCCAUGGCGAGACCCGUUGAAUUUACCACCGUAUGAAGAGCGAUGUAGGCUCCUCGGGCUUGACACGUUGGAACGCAGGAGAUAUGUUGCCCAAGUUAUGUUUGUCGCAAAAAUACUUUUGGGCGAUAUUGACUCAGCGGAAAUAUUGACACAACUAAAUAUAUAUGCACCUAUUAGAGCCCUUCGACAGCGGGACUUCCUGUUACUAGACGGUCGUCGUUCAGCAUAUGGUCAAUACGACCCCAUUCGAUUUAUGGCGACAAGAUUCAACGAAGUCUAUCAGAUGUUCGAUUUUAACUCUUCUGCUGCAGCAUUCAAUCGAACCCUAUUAAAUGGAUAACACCCAACAUUGGAAUACUGAAGAACCACCACGAUCAGCAGCUUCACUGUAUACAUUUUAUUAUUCAUGACUCUAAUUUUAUUAUUAUGAUUUAUGAGAAUGUUUGUUUUUAUGUUUUUUCUCUGUACUAUGUGAUUAGUUAUUGUUAAUAUUUUGUAGUAGGAAUUAUGAAAAGAUAUGAGGUUUUUAUGCCCUUUUGUGUAAAACAUCCAACAACUCAAAAGGGCUUUUCCUCAUCUUAUCGGUACAUGUGAUAUCAUUGAGGCAACUAGCCAGAUGAGAAAUAAAUAUAUAAAUAAAUAAAUCAAUAAAUAAAUAAUCAGAUAAGAGUGUAUAUAUCACGUUGGCCAUGCUUCACUGUCAAUUUUUCGUAAAUUUGGAAAAAUGUCGUCGAACGAAAAAGUGCGUCGUGAAAUAAUCCUGUGCACUCAUUUCGAGAAUCCGGAGUUGUCACAUCGGGACAUCGGUAAGAUGCUGGGAAUCGUCCAAUCUACGGUCAGCAGAGUACUAAAACGAUAGUUCAAGAAGCUAACCAACGACCAGAAGGUGAAGAACGGCAAAAAUGGAUGCUCCGUCAGUGAAAAAGAUCACAAGCGCGUAGUUAAGCAGUUUAGACGUGAUCCGAGAAGUUCGGUCCGGGAUGUCGCCAAUAAGCUGAAUUU